AUGGGUUUCACGCAGACGUUAAUGCAGCUGCUUUUUCGGGAGAAUUUCAGCAUUGCUAUACAGAGCAUUCUUGUCGGCCUCAUUACCACGUAUGUUCUCUCGAGCCUUCUUUCUCACCACUACAACAGGGUUAAGGCACCCAGAGUUGGAAAGAACCCAUGGAUUUCAGGAUUGGUUCGCGCCCGCUCAGACUUUGUCAGGAAUGGCAAAGACUUGACGAAAGAAGGUUACAUUCGAUACAAGGAUUCCAUGUACUGGAUCCAGACUGGGGACAUGGAACGUCUGGUGCUUUCCAACCGCUACCUUGAUGAGCUGCGAAAACUUCCAGACUCGCACAUAGACAGCAAAGCAGCUGUCGUCGAAAGAAACUUGGGCUGGUACAACCGCGUCGACAUUAUCCUGAAGAGCACGGCGCAUGUGGACGUCUGUCGUACCCAGCUUGUUCAGAACCUUGACUUCCACUUUUACAACGCCGCUGCAACGAUUUUGAACAUUGUCAACAGGAGCGCUGCGAAAUCUCUUGUCGGCGAGCCGCUUUGUCAUGACGACAAAUGGCUGCGCACGAGCUUGGAGACAACUGUAAAUACGGGCAUGCUGUGCAGAAAUUUGCAGAAGUGCCCUGCUAUUCUAAGGCCUCUGAUAUGCCCUUUCACAGCGGCGCGCAAGAAUUUGGAUCGUAGUUUUGACGUCGCGCAAGAGUUACUGUCGGGAGUGAUCAAGGAUCGACAACGCGGCGACAAAAACGUCGAUAUUCUGCAAUGGCUAAUCGACAGCUACAAGGGAGAUGAGCUCAGCAUUCCGUUCUUAACCAAUCAGACCCUCUUCAUAGCAAUUGCAUCCACUCGUUCCACAGCGACGUCAAUCGUCAACGCCAUUUUCGAUCUCAUCGCCUUCUCGCAAUACCAACAGCCACUUCGUCAGGAGAUAGAAGAGGUCCUGACCGAAUCUCGCGGCUGGAAUCUGUCUGCCCUUAAAAGGAUGAAGAGACUCGAUAGCUUUAUCAAAGAAUCCCAGAGGCUGAACCAUCAUAUCCUUCUCUCAUUCAAUCGCAAAGUGCGACGUAAAAUUACUCUUUCGGAUGGCGUCACAAUCCCCCCAGGCACAUUCAUCUGUACUCCCGGGUACUGGGCCGCCCGAGACCCCGAAAUCUUCGCGGAUGGAGAGGAUUUCAAGCCCUGGCGGUGGCUCGAAUUGCGAGAAGCGGCCGAACGAGAAGGCAAGAGUGUCACUCCGUACCUGGCCAGCAGCACAAGCCCGGACAAUCUUCAUUGGGGGUAUGGCCGAAACGCGUGUCCGGGGCGCUUCAUGGCGGCCGCGGAGAUCAAGCUGAUUCUCGCCUGGAUCUUGUGGCAUUUUGAUAUUUCGUUCCCCCCGGGCCAGAGCGAAAGGCCGGAAAGCCUGUUCGUGGACGAGCGAGUCAUUCCGUGUCCCACACAAGAGAUUGGCUUUCGACGACGCAGGACGUGA